CUUAGAUUACUAACUUUUGCUUGAAGCUAGACGGAACCCUAUACCAAUGUAAUACUACUACGGAGUAUGUGAUAAGUGAUAUAUCUAAUCAUUUUCAGUUAUCAAAACUCAAAAGUAAAUUUAAUUGUAACAAAGUAAAUUUUCAGUUAUCAUUUUCAGUACUCAAUAAUCAAAAGCCUUCGCUGGAUAGGUCCCCUCAUUCCAUUGAAUUUAUGGUGUUGGGUGUUAAUAAGUGUUGCUUCGGAUGUGGGCCAUGUGGUGAUAAACUGCCGCCUUCUCCUCCGGAGGAAAUAACACCGGUGGCGGCGGAUGACAUAUCUCCUGCCACCUCUCCCAGGGUUUGCCUCAGUGAUGGGAGGUGCCUGGUUUACAGAGAAAGAGGAGUGCCCAAAAACAAAUCCAAUUACAGAGUCAUUAUUGCCCAUGGCUUUGGCAGCAACAAACACAUGAACUUCUUUGCUUCUGAUGAAUUACUUGAGGAAUUGGGCGUAUACCUCUUGAUAUAUGAUCGAGCUGGAUAUGGAGAGAGCGAUCCAAACCCAAAGCGCUCUUUAAUCAGUGAAGCUUCUGAUAUUAAAGAGCUAGCUGAUCUGAUCCAGUUAGGAUCCAAAUUCUAUUUAAUAGGUGUCUCCCUUGGAUGUUACCCUGCCUGGAGUUUCCUUAAACACAUGCCUCAUAGGCUUGCUGGCGUAGCUCUAGUUGUGCCUUUCAUCAACUACAAUUGGAAAUCACUUCCGGAUUAUAUGACAAAGGAUGAUAAUAGAAAACCACUAAGCCGGUUGGUUAUUUUACUAAUUCGUUAUGCCCCGGCCUUGUUACACUGGUGGUUCACACAGAAAUUGUUCCCUUCAGCUACUGUUCUUGAUAAAAACCCUGCAUUCUUUUGUGACAAAGACAUGGAGGUGUUGAAAAGUGCACAAGGAUAUAAGCUUUUCACUCAGGAUGGAUUGAGGAGUCGAAUUAUGUUUGACUCCCUUACACGGGAUAUUAAUGUGGCGUUUGGGAAGUGGGAUUUCGACCCAUUGGAGCUGAGUAAUCCAUACCCAAAAGGCGAGAGUAAUGUUCAUAUCUGGCAAGGUUGCAUGGACAAGGUUGUUCCAGUUGAAUUACAAAGAUAUGUGUGGAAAAGGCUCCCAUGGAUCCGGUAUCAUGAAGUUCCAGACGGAGGGCAUUUGCUGGUAUAUGAUAGUGCAGUUUGUGAGGCGAUGCUGAGAUCUCUUUUGCUUGGUGAAGAUCUUCCAUUGUAUAUGCCUAACUUUGGCAAUUAACUACUCAUAUUUCAUUCAUUCUUCUCCAUUAUUGAUCAAAAUGUAUUCCUUGCAAGGCUACAAGUAAUAUAAUUGAUUUCUCCAAAGGUUAUUGCUGUGAACUUGAUCCAUUAGGACCUCUAAUUGAACUAUUUUUACAAAUGAUACUUUCACGGUUUCACCC